UCAUGGGCAUCUGUGCAGGUAGCAGCGUUUUGAUGCGCUUGCUGCUAAUAAUCACAGCGGCAGCAGCCACUCCACUUAUCCGAUUUCCUGUUCAAAACCAGAAUGAUACGCGGCAAGGAAAAGUUCUGAAUUUCCUCCCAUUUUCUGGGACUCUCGAAUGCUCGGCGGAUGAUGGCAGACGGAAAGGUAUAUGCCAAAAUCCCUACGAAUGUCGUCUAUUGGAAGGUACAGCAAAGGGAGAAUGUGCAUUCGGUUUUGGAGUAUGCUGCAUAUAUGAAACUUCUUGCGGUGGAACAAUUGCGGGGCGGAUGGGUUACUUUGUCAACCCUGGCUAUCCUUCGCCCUUACUGCCAGGCUCGCGAGAGUCAAACGAAGACUGCAGAUUAAAAAUUUCUAAAGCGUCCUCUGACAUAAGUCAAAUCAGGCUGGAUAUGGUCCAUUUUACUUUGGGUCAGCCCAACAGACGGACGGGAGUUUGCGAACAAGAUCAAUUCUUACUGAAAGGGAACACCAACUCCCGCCAAUUGAAAUUGUGCGGGCAAAAUACAGGACAACAUUUUUACUUUGACGUCGAAGAUGAUAAUGUUGAUCUGACAAUCAAACUGGCAAGGGAUCACAUCAAUCGAUUUUGGGAUAUCAGGAUAACGCAAAUUGAGUUUCAAGAUAGGGCGCCAGCAGGUUGUCUUCAAUAUUUCACUGAAACUUCAGGUGUUUUGCAAACAAUGAAUUUCGCUGACAACGGUCGACAUUUGGCUGAUCAAGAUUACAAUAUCUGCAUCAAGCAAAGCGAUAGUAUGUGCUCGAUAAUGUACGAGCCGUGCGAUCAAAAUUCUUUCAAAAUUGGCCCACGACUCACCCCCUCUAAUGGUGGUGGAGGUUUCCCUGGGGGCACUGGUGGCUUUCCUGGAGGCGCCGGAGGUUUCCCAGGAGGAGGCUUUCCUGGAGGCGCUGGUGGAUUUCCUGGCGGCGCAGGUGGAUUCCCAGGAGGCGCGGGAGGGUUUCCAGGCGGCGCAGGUGGACCAAGCGCUCUCGCUCAACCUGUUGAGGCUGCGGAUGACCCCAUUCAAGCUGCAGAUAGUGCAGAUGAUCCUGCUGCUGAAGAGGGGUCAGGCGGCGGCGGCUUUGACAUAUUCCCGUUUUUCCGCUCAAUGCGCGAAAACAGGCAGCUGCGCCCGCAAGACUGUGAUGAUCGGAUAGUGAUGCCUUGCGACUCGGAGGAUUUGAUACCUGAUAACCCAAGGGGCCCUGGAAUAUGCGACCUGCUUCACUGUGGAAACUCAUUUUGCUCACUAGAGGACGGCAUUCCUGGAACCUCGGCAUGUCGAAUCGAAAGUAGCACUCUUCCUUUCAACAUUGCCGUUCAUUUUGGUCCCGGGAUAAGAGAAGAAAAUCCUGAAGAUAAUCUCGGCAUGUGCCUCAGAUAUAAUCAACUGCAGUGCUCAUAAUUUUUGUUAAUGAUUAAAAUUGCUCAUGAAUAUUGUGGUACAAAUUUUUUAAGGUUUUGGAUAAUUUAUUGCUUAUUUAAGAAAGCAUGCAGGAAGCAUGCUUUUGUACACUUGUUGCUAUUUUUGCCAUUAUUUUCAGGGUAACUCAUUUGCAGCCAUACAUUUAUUAAUAUAGCUCACAAUUUUCACGUCAUCUAUUAUUUAUUUUAUUCUAUAUUUUUCAAAUAAUUUAUUUCAAUUGCCAAGAUAGUGCUAAAAGAUAAAAUUUAUUAAUUUUGCAAUGCUAGCUGAAGGUCAAAGACUGAUUUGAGCAAAAAAUUUACAUAAUAUUCAGCCUAAAAAUUUUCUUGUGGUCCCAAUAAAACAAAAAAAUAUGCUUUUUAUACAUUGUUCAAAACUUCUCUUUGUAUAAUGAUCAAAAAUAGGUUUAAAUAAACAAUUUCACGUUUUUAACUUUA